UUUGUGGGAAGGAGUUGUUCUCUCCUUGUUUUGAUCGGAUCAGCUGAUUUUCUGCCCUGUUCUUGUCUCCCUCACGGUACCUGCUUGACAGAUUUUUUUUCUGAAUCUCAUAGACCCUCCGCUCGCAGUUGACCAGAGUUACCUAGCUAGUGUGUGAGAUUAUCCAUUCGUGCUUGCAGAAAGAUUGUUCAUGAUUUCAUCAGACAGCGAGGAGGAACUGUACACUGAGAGGACGGCUCUGAUGUCGGCCAACUCCUCUGCAAUGCCCUCAUAUCAGGAGAGGGACGGGACGCCUGGCUCUGCCAAUGUCCAGUCUAACUGGCGACGAUUGGCAGCCAGUCAACCAGCAAAUCCUGCGGAGAGGAGCAGUGGCACCGAAAGUGGGCCUGCAAGCAGAGAUGCAGGCGGGGAGGGUGAGGAGGAAGAAGAAGAGGAGCUGAUUCUAAAGUAUGGGGCGAAGCACGUCAUCAUGCUGUUUGUGCCUGUUACACUCUGUAUGGCGGUUGUGGUAGUGACAAUUAAAUCCGUCAGCUUCUACACACAGAAGGAUGGGCAACUAAUCUACACCCCAUUUACCGAAGAUACUGACUCUGUUGGACAACGUAUCCUCAACUCCAUCCUGAACACAUUAAUAAUGAUCAGUGUUAUUGUCGUAAUGACUAUAAUUCUUGUUCUUCUUUACAAGUAUCGAUGUUAUAAGUUUAUCCAUGGAUGGCUGAUUCUCUCGUCUCUCCUGUUGCUAUUCCUCUUCACAUACAUUUACCUGGGUGAAGUCUUUAAGACGUACAAUGUGGCCAUGGACUACCCCACCCUAAUCCUAAUCAUUUGGAACUUCGGAGCAGUAGGAAUGGUUUGUAUCCACUGGAAGGGACCUCUGCAGCUCCAGCAGGCUUACCUCAUCAUGAUCAGUGCACUGAUGGCCUUGGUCUUCAUUAAAUACCUCCCUGAAUGGUCAGCCUGGGUCAUUCUUGGCACAAUAUCUAUUUAUGAUCUAAUAGCAGUGCUGUGUCCUAAAGGUCCCCUACGUAUGCUCGUGGAAACAGCACAGGAGAGAAAUGAACCAAUAUUUCCUGCCUUAAUAUAUUCAUCCACAAUGGUUUGGUUGGUUACGAUGACAAAGCGAAGUGUGGACCCUGGCGAGCCUCUGAACUAUACUUGUAAUGCAGAUAAUUAUCGUGAUUUGGAGAUUGAGGCAAAUCACCAUGUUGCUGAGGGAUUGGACAAUGUUGCUGAUUUGCCUCCAACACAGAUUCAAGGUGUGCGCCAAUCAGCUGCCGGGGUAGAGGAACUCGAGGAAGAAAAGGGCGUGAAACUUGGUUUGGGGGACUUCAUCUUUUACAGUGUCCUGGUGGGCAAGGCUGCUGCAGGUGCCAGUGGAGACUGGAACACAACCUUGGCCUGCUUCAUCGCCAUUCUGAUUGGAUUGUGCCUCACGCUCCUGUUGCUGGCUGUGUUUAAGAAAGCUUUGCCAGCACUCCCUAUUUCCAUUACCUUUGGCCUGGUGUUCUACUUCUCCACUGACAACCUGGUGCGGCCUUUCAUGGACACACUCGCUUUUCACCAGUUUUAUAUUUAGGAACUCAAUGAAAACUCCACCUUGCUUGUACUGAUGACAGGUGCAGGUUUGGGGAAAUUUCAGCACUGAUCUUACCUUGUGGAAGUCCAGAAGAGGGGAUAAAAGGAUCAUUUAUAUAUUCAUAAUUUAAUGAUGCAAAUGUUGUAGCCAUUUUGAGUCUGAUAAAUCGUGCAAGAUUGAAUUUUAAGAAGUGUCUUUAUAGAAAUAAAAGUAUGUUUAUUAGUAACUGAUAAACCCACAUUUAGUUAUGUAAUGCCACUCUGCCUCACACUAGGCCCACAAAGGGUUUAGAAUGUAAACGCGUAACUGGAAUGCUAGAGUGAGGGAUGGAAAAUGUGCCAUGGAGUUUCAGACUGAAAUAUAUAGAAACUUGUUUAUUUUGUGUCAAAGAGGAAUUUUGUUUCUCAGUUAAUCAGCAAAGUAGAUGGAAGAGUUUAUUGGAGCAAGGUGUUGGAAGUAAAAUGAAUUUAUUAACCCAGCAUUGAAUUGUCACCCUUUGAGCAUGAAGGUGAAAGAUGCUGUUUCAGUUUAUGUAACCUAUAGAAUGUAGAACCCGUGCCCCUCCAAUCAGUGAAGGGAAGGAGUCAUUUCUAUUCUAUGUUUAGUGGUGAAUGUUUACUACAAAGAUCAUUCUGCUUGUCUAAUCAUUUGAAAUCCUGUGACCAAACUGGACUAUUUGUACCAAAUCACGAUUGCAUGAGGAAGUGAUUUGUACUCAACCUCAGCAAUCUAUUACCUCAGGGCGUGUACAGUUCAAGAGAGUAAAAUAGGAUUUCACAGUAGUCGGCAAGUAUUUGUAGUGUUUUACUAAAUCCAUUGGCAGGUGUCAUUUCAAGAUUGGGGGCAUCAUUUUAAGAUGAAGAGCAGAAAAAUUUAGAAAGGAUAUCAGAGGCACUUUUUAUUUAAACAGAGUGGUACAUGUUUGGAAUGGACCUCCAGGGGAAGUGGUAGAUGUAGGUAUUGUUACAGCAUUUAAAAGAUGCUUGGAUAUGUUCAUGAAUAAGAAAUGUUUGGAAGGAUAUGAGUCAAGCGCAAGCUGCUGGGUAAUAAAAUGUGAGGCUGGAUGAACACAGCAGGCCCAGCAGCAUCUCAGGAGCACAAAAGCUGAUGUUUCAGGCCUAGACCCUUCAUCAGAGAGGGGGAUGGGGUGAGGGUUCUGGAUUAAAUAGGGAGAGAGGGGGAGGCGGACCGAAGAUGGAGAGAAAAGAAGAUAGGUGGAGAGGAGAGUAUAGGUGGUGAGGUAGGGAGGGGAUAGGUCAGUCCAGGGAAGACGGACAGGUCAAGGAGGUGGGAUGAGGUUAGUAGGUAGAUGGAGGUGCGGCUUGGGGUGGGAGGAAGGGAUGGGUGAGAGGAAGAACAGGUUAGGGAGGCAGAGACAGGUUGGACUGGUUGUGGGAUGCAGUGGGUGGAGGGGAAGAGCUGGGCUGGUUGUGUGGUGCAGUGGGGGAAGGGGAGAUUUUGAAGCUGGUGAAGUCCACAUUGAUACCAUUGGGCUGCAGGGUUCCCAAGCUGAAUAUGAGUUGCUGUUUCUGCAACCUUCGGGUGGCAUCGUUGUGGCACUGCAGGAGGCCCAUGAUGGACAUGGCAUCUAAAGAAUGGGGGGGGGAGUGGAAAUGGUUUGCGACUGGGAGGUGCAGUUGUUUAUUGCGAACGGAGCGGAGGUGUUCUGCAAAGCGGUCCCCAAGCCUCCGCUUGGUUUCCCCAAUGUAGAGGAAGCCACACUGGGUACAGUGGAUGCAGUAAACCACAUUGGCAGAUGUGCAGGUGAACCUCUGCUUAUUGUGGAAAGUCAUCUUGGGGCCUGGGAUAGGGGUGAGGGAGGAGGUGUGGGGGCAAGUGUAGCAUUUCGUGUGGUUGCAGGGGAAGGUGCCUGGAGCGAACAAGGGAGUCACGGAGAGAGUGAUCUCUCCGGAAAGCAGACAAGGGUGGGGAUGGAAAAAUGUCUUGGGUGGUGGGGUCGGAUUGUAGAUGGCGGAAGUGUCGGAGGAUGAUGCGUUGUAUCCGGAGGUUGGUGGGGUGGUGUGUGAGAACGAGGGGGAUCCUCUUUGGGCGGUUGUGGCGGGGUGUGAGGGAUGUGUUGCGGGAAAUGCGGGAGACGCGAUCAAGGGCGUUCUCGACCACUGUGGGGGGAGAUUUGCGGUCCUUGAAGAACUUGGACAUCUGGGAUGAGCGCGAGUGGAAUGCCUCAUCGUGGGAGCAGAUGCGGCGGAGGCGGAGGAAUUGGGAAUAGGGGAUGGAAUUUUUGCAGGAGGGUGGGUGGGAGGAGGUGUAUUCUAGGCAGCAGUGGGAGUCGGUGGGCUUGAAAUGGACAUCAGUUACAAGCUGGUUGCCUGAGAUGGAGACUGAGAGGUCCAGGAAGGUGAGGGAUGUGCUGGAGAUGGCCCAGGUGAACUGAAGGUUGGGGUGGAAGGUGUUGGUGAAGUGGAUGAACUGUUCGAGCUCCUCUGGGGAGCAAGAGGCGGACUAGUUUAGAGAUUUUGGUCACUAUGGAUUGUUUGGACCAAAGGAUCUGUUUUCGUACUGUAUAUUUCUAUGGCCUUUUUUUUAAAAGAAAUGAAGCUCUUUAAGAGGUAAACUUGCAGCAUGAUCCAGUGAAAUACAACAGAAUACAGGACUGGGGUGGGGUAAUAACAUUACUUGGCCACUGCUCCAACUCUGCCUAGCAAAGCCUCACCCUGGAACUGAAACGUCACAAUUAUUCAUUAAUGUCAUAUGAAUCAGGAAUAGGCCAUUUAGCCCCUCAAGCCUGCUCUGCCAUUCAUUAAGAUCAUGGCUGGUCUGAUUGUAACCUUGCAUCCACAUUCCCACCUAUGCUGAUAAUCUUUCACAAUCCUCUGCCUUAACCAAAGUCUAUCCACGUCUUCCUUCAAAAAAUAUUCAAGGAUUUUACUUCCACCAACUUUUCAGGAAGCACGUUCCAAAAGACUUGUAUUGCUUCAGGAAAAAAAAAUCACCCAAUCAAUGUUUAAAAUGGGUGAUUCCUGAUUUUUACAUUGACAGUCCUAAUUCUAGGUUCUCCGAUGAAAGGGGAUGCAUCCACCUGUCAAAACCCCUUAGAAUUGUAUGUUUCAAUCAAGUCACCUCUUACACUUCCAAGCCCAGCACAUCCUAUCUUUUCUAAUUAGAGUAGAGGUGGUGGCCAAGUGAUAUUAUUGCUGGAUUGUUAAUCUGGAGACCCAUGUAAUGGUCUGGGAACUUGGGUUCAAAUCAAGCAUGGUCAAAUGGUGGAAUUUGAAUUCACAAAAAUCAGGAAUUGCAUGUAAUGAUAACCUUGAAAACAUUGUUGAUUCUCAGGAAAAGCCAUCUGGUUCAUUAAUAGCCUUUAGGGAAGGAAACUGCUGGCCUAGAUGUGACUCCAGGCCCCCAGUAAUGUGGUUGACUCUUAACUGUCUUCUGGGAAAUUAGGGAGAGACAAUAAAUGUUAGCUUAGCUAGUAAUGCUCGCAUCUUGUGAAAGAAUAAAAAUAAAUCCUCACAUUCCAGCUACUAUUCUGGUAAACCUUCCCUGAAUGGCCUCCAAUUUAUUACAUCCUUCCUUAAAUAGGGUGACCUGUAUUGUAUAUAGGACUCUAGAUGUUGUCUUACCAGUGCCCUAUAUAACAGUAUAACCUCUCCACUUUUAUUUUCAAUUCCUGUUUUAAUAGAAUAUUAUAAUUUAUUGCCUUUCCUAAAAACUUGCUCUACCUGCACACUAACCUUUUGUGAUUCAUGCACAAGGGCACAGAUCCCUUUGCAUCUCAGUUUUGCAAUCUCUCAACAUUUAGAUAUUAUGCGUACUUUUAUGCUUCCUGCCAAAAUGGACAACUUCUGUCACACAACUCCAUUUGCCAGAUCUUUGCCCACUUACUUAACCAAUCUACAUCCCUGUGUCCUGUUCACUCCUUACUUUCCUACAGGGCUUUGUAACACCAUCAAAUUUAGCAACUUUACAUUCUGCCCAUUUAUAUAAAUCAUAAAGAUUUGAGGUCCCAGCAAUGACCUUAGUGGCACACCACUCAUUAACAUUUGGAAAGCAGUGACAGAAUCGGUCCGAGUCAGCAUGGAUUCCCUGAAGGGAAAUCAUGCUUGACAUGUCUUUCGGAAUUUUUUGAGGAUGUGAUCAGUAGAGUAGACAGUGAUGAAUCAGUAUUUGUUGCAUGUCUGGACUUUCAAAACGUUUUUGAAAAGGUCCCACACGAGAUUAGUAAGCAAAAUUAAAGCUCACUGUAUCGAAGCUAAUGUAUUGACACGUGUAGAGAACUGGUUGGCAGACAGGAAGCAGAGAGUUAGAAUAAAUGGGUCCUUUUCAGCGUGGCAGGCAGUGACGAGUGGGGUACCACAGGGUUCGGUGCUGGGACCUCAGCUGUUUACAAUAUACAUUAACAAUUUGGACGAAGGAAAGCCUUAUCUCCAAAUUUACAGAUGACACUAAGAUGGGUGGCAGUGUGUGCUGUCAGGAGGAUGCCAAGAGGCUGCAGGGUGACUUGGACAGACUGCCUGUGUGGAAAAAUACUUGGCAAAUGCAAUAUAAGAUGGAUAAAUGUGAGGUUAUCCACAUUUAUUCACCUUGGUUGCAAAAACAGAAAGGCAGAUUAUGAUCUGAAUGGUGGCAGAUUAAGAAAAAGGUGACAUGCACCAAGACUUGGGUGUCAUGGCGGAACAGUCACUGAAGGUUGGUAUGCAAGUGCAGCAGGCAGUGAUGAAAGCUAAUACACAUUCUCCUUCAUAGCGAGAGGAUUUGAGUAUCAGAGUGAGAAUGUCUUGCUUCAGUUAUACAGGGUUUUGGUGCGGUGACAACUUGAGUGUUGUGUGCAGUUUUAGUUUACUAGUCUGAGGAAGGACAUUCUUCCUAUUGAGUAAGUGCAGCAAAGGUUCACCAGACGGAUUCCCAGGAUGGCAGGACUGACAUAUAUGAGGAACGACUGGGUCGACAGGGCUUGUAUUUGCUGGAAUUUAAAAGAAUGAAGGAGAAUCCCAUAAAAACACUUGAAAUCCUGAUGGGACUGGACAGGCUAGAUAUAGGAAGAAUAUCCCUAAUGUUGGGGAAGUCCAGAACAAGGGGUCACAGUCUAAGAAUAAGGGGUAAGCCAUUCAGGACUGAGAUAAGGAAGAAUUUCUUCACUCAGCUGUGAAAUUCUGUCCCACGGAAAGCUGUUGGGGCAAGUUCAUUAGAUAUAUUCAAGAGGGAGCUGAAUGUGGCCCCUGUGAUUAAAGGGUUCAAGGGGUAUAGGGAGGGGUGGGAAUGGGAUACUGAGAUUGCAUGAUCAGCCAUGAUUGUAUUGAAUAGUGGUGUAGGCUUGACAGAUCUAAAAGAUUUUUUUUAUUACAUUUUGCCAACCUGAGAAAGACCCAUUUAUGCCUUCUGCCUCCUUGUUAGUCAGCCAAUCUGCUAUCCACACCAAUUUUCCAUCACCGACAUUUAUUUUCUGUAGGAACUUUUGAUGUGACAUCUUAUCAAGUAGAUCAGUAAUUGAGGUAGCAAGAGGGGAACAACUAUAUUGGUAGUAUGCAUAAAAGCAUCCAUUUAACUACAACAUACUGGAGGUUGAAAAUUGAAAAAUUGUGAAUGCAUCAGGUGUGUGCUGUUGUUGGAUACAACCACUAAUUUCCCCAAUGUGCAGAGUUGCCAUUAAUCUGAUGUUAAUGUUUUAGAAGUGUGUACACAGAAACAGAGGAUUAAGUUUUUAAAAACUGAAGGCAGUUUUGGUCCAGCUUCAGCCUCAGCAAAUUAUAAAUUACCUUCGGUGAAACAAAAUAACUGAAGUUUUAUAGAAAUGCAGCAUUUUAUUGAUUAAAUGUACAAGUUAUAAUAAUUGACUCCA